CCCUCUCACUCAUGUACUUUAUUUGUUGCACUACCUUUUCUUUUCUGAUAUCUUCCUCUUGGUUUUGCUAUCAAUCUCUUUAUUGUCCAUCUUUAUAGACUUCCUUGCAAUUGAUUGAUAUUUCUGGGUAAGUUGGGUCUCUAUUUUCUCAAUGGGUACUGCUGCUGCUCAGAACGUAUUUGGUGUCAGUGCUCACUUUCGUGGGAAUUCCAGAAAUUUUACUUCCAAAGUGGACUUCUCAAGUGUUAAUUUCCCUUGCAAUUGGGAAUUUUCAAGAAUGACCUUGUUCCCAAGUUCUGCUUCCACCAGUACUUCCAAGAGUUUUGGUGGUCGAAUAUGCUGUCUACCUGAUGCGGGUGAUUGCUUCUCCGACAAGAUUCCAACACCCAUACUCGAUACAAUUGAAAACCCUAUGCACUUGAAGAAUUUGUCUCCUAAGGAACUGAAACAAUUAGCCAAUGACAUCCGAUCAGAGUUAUCUUACACAAUGUCAAAAACUCAAAAACCCUAUAAAGCCAGUUUGUCAGUGGUGGAGCUCACAGUUGCAAUACACCAUGUUUUUCAUGCUCCAGUGGACAAGAUACUUUGGGAUGUGGGGGAACAAACAUAUGCACAUAAGAUUCUCACGGGGAGGCGUUCCCUCAUGCAUACGCUCAGACAAACAAAUGGUCUUUCAGGUUACACAUCUCGCUCUGAGAGUGAAUUUGACCCAUUUGGUGCAGCGCAUGGAUGCAACAGUAUUUCUGCUGGGCUUGGAAUGGCUGUUGCACGAGAUAUCAAAGGGAAGCGAGACCGUGUAGUUGCAGUAAUCAGCAAUGAAACAACUAUGGCUGGGCAGCUUUAUGAGGCAAUGAACAAUGCAGGUUAUUUGGAUUCAAAUAUGGUUGUCAUAUUGAAUGACAGUCGUCACUCAUUGCACCCAAAGCUAGAGGAGGCCUCCACAACACCAAUCAAUGCUUUGUCUAGUAAUCUAAGCAAGUUGCAGUCGAGUAAAUUCUUCCGGAAACUUAGAGAAGUUGCUAAGGGUUUUACUAAGAGGAUUGGUAAGGGCAUGCAUGAAUGGGCAGCCAAAGUUGAUGAGUAUGCACGUGGUAUGGUGGGUCCACCAGGGUCAACUCUCUUUGAAGAGCUUGGCUUGUAUUACAUUGGCCCCGUUGAUGGACACAACAUUGAGGAUCUUGUAUGUGUUCUGCAUGAAGUGGCAUCAUUAGAUUCGAUGGGUCCUGUUUUAGUACAUGUCAUAACAAAGGUAGAUCAGGAAGUAGAAGAUGCUAGCCAUAGUGACAUGCCAGAUGAACACCAGGAAGGUUUGUGUAAUUCUGAUUCAUUACCUUGUAACACUCGCCCUCAGACAUAUAGUGAUUGCUUUGUGGAUGCAUUAAUUAUGGAGGCAAAGAAAGACAAAGAUAUUGUGACAGUUCAUGCCGGAAUGGGAAUGGAGCCAUCACUUCAAUUAUAUCAGGAGAAGUUUCCAGACAGAUUUUUUAAUGUGGGUAUGGCUGAGCAGCAUGCGGUGACAUUUUCUGCAGGUUUGUCAUGUGGGGGACUGAAGCCAUUUUGUAUAAUCCCAUCUGCCUUACUUCAGAGAGCUUACGAUCAGGUAAUUCAUGAUGUAGACUGCCAGAAGAUUCCAGUGCGUUUUGUCAUUACAAGUGCAGGAUUGGUAGGGUCUGAUGGUCCAGCACAUUGUGGAGCAUUUGAUAUAACGUUCAUGUCAUGUUUGCCAAAUAUGAUUGUGAUGGCACCAUCUGAUGAGGUUGAGCUUGUUCAUAUGGUGGCUACUGCAGCCCUUGUUAAUGACAGGCCAGUUUGCUUGCGCUAUCCUAGAGGUGCCAUUGUUAAGAUGAACAACUUGUUAUGCAAUGGUGUUCCCCUUGAGGUGACAGUUUUGUGCUUUCUUUGCUUAUAUCAUGUUUUUGUGAUGCUUUGAGUUCAUCAAUGAACAUUGGUUUCGUCUUAGCAAAGCCUGUCCCGCUUCUUGGAGUCAGCUAAUUUCUAUAAUGUUCAGAAACAACUCAUAAUAUUUUCAAUGAAACCUUGACAAACAAACUUCCUCAUCAGAUUAAUAUCCUGCAAUAUUAAAUCAGAUCAGUUCACGACCUGUUCAUUUAUCUAAAAUACUGAAUAAGUGUCUUCGUGUUUAGAGAUUCAUAUAUUACUUUGUUGCUUUACCGUAGUAGUUUUAAAUGUAUCUCAAAUUGUGGCUACAGUGUCCCUAAUUUUCUUGCUAGAUCUUGUAAUUACUCCUGGUCUAUAUACAUCUUUUUCUCUUUUUCGUUAUUUACUUUAGGAUUUCAAGUUUUACCUGUAGCUGAACAGUUUUGAAACCUGAAUCUGUCAUAUAACUCUUUGUUGGAGCCAGAUUGGCAAAGGAAAAAUUCUUAUUGAGGGUAAGCAUAUUGCUUUGCUUGGUUAUGGAGCUAUGGUACAGAACUGUCUUAGAGCUCAGUCUCUUCUUUCAAAGCUUAGCGUUGAGGUAACCGUUGCCGAUGCAAGAUUCUGCAAGCCGCUUGACUUAAAGCUUGUAAGACAACUAUGUGAAAACCAUGCCUUUCUGAUAACUGUUGAGGAAGGAUCUAUAGGAGGAUUUAGCUCGCAUGUUGCUCAAUUCAUUUCCCUUGAUGGCCAGCUCGAUGGACGAAUCAAGUGGCGACCGAUUGUUUUACCAGACAGCUACAUUGAGCAUGGAUCUCCAAAUGAACAACUUGCUAGUGCAGGGCUGACUGGACACCACAUUGCUGCCACAGCGUUGAGUCUUCUAGGUCGCACUCGUGAAGCCCUCCUUUUGAUGGGUUAAAACGUAAUGUCAUUUUCUUCUUCUUCUUCUUGCUGCUGUCAUUCUUCUUGUUAAUCAGGACGGUAGAUCAAAGGCCUCUCACAAGGAAAAUGAAGGCAUUUUCGGAUUACUGACAUCUGGGUUGGAGGGGAGCUAAACCCAGUGAUGUAUGUAACAGUUCUGGUUUGUACAUAUGUUUUUACUUAUAAUCUAUUGUUUCUUUUGGUAUCAUGGCAAAAUAUUUGUUCAUUGUUGUUGUCCUGUUGUUCUGAGAUUUGGGUUAUGCAAAGGUUUUUUCUACACUAC